AGCAGCCUCGACAACACAGAAUAAUAACACACUAUCAUGUGGCUCAGGCUUUGAAGUCAUGGGUAACAAAGGGUUAAGUUUAGAUUUUCUGUGAAUAAGGAGGGGCAGACUCUGCUAACACACUGGAUCUGCUUCCUGUUUAUCCAGUUUCUAAAUAAAAAAAAAAGACCAGCACUUGAAAGUUUCCAGGAGUUGACAGGAUGUCUGUAACCAUGGCGAAGGCAGACGGGGUCACCGUCUUCACAUUGACCUCUGACCCCAACAGUGCUUGUCCUCCACUGUGUCAGAUCCUCAAGGGUCUCUGCUACAGCCCUGUGUGCUGCUCUGUGUCUCAGCCCCUUCGGAGGCUCCAGGGAACGUCUCAGUCAGUCCUGGGGACUUUGCACAUUAUGGUUGGAAUACUGAACGUUGGUCUUGGAGCCAUCUUGGCCACCGCCAGAGGCUACUGGGAAGAUCUGGCAUUCCCCUAUUGGCUUGGAGCAUUGUUCAUUUUCUUUGGUGUCAUGUGCAUUUUGUCAGAGAAGUUUCCCAGUCCAGCUCUGGUCAUCACCAACGUGAUUCUGAACCUGGCUGGAGUUGGUUUUUCCAUUGCAGCCCUCAUACUUUAUGGAAUAACACUGGAUGUCAUACGGUGGUGGUGGACGUGGUGGACAUGUCGACCUCAUGAAUCUGAGUACUGGUACGACAGCGAUGUCCCACCACUGUCAUCUGUGUCCCCGGAACAGCUGAUCAUUAUUGAGAAAUGUGAAGAGGGUAGAAAACUGGCUCUGAUGAUGGUGAGGAGCGUAGACAUUGUGCUCGUCAUCCUGUCGGUCAUGGAACUCUGCAUCACUAUCAGCGCGGUUGUCUUAGGAAUCAAAGCUCUGAUGAAGAGAGGAAAGGGAGAAAACAAGGACACUGAAGACCCAGAUAACUACAAAGCACUGCAGGACUCCACCACAUACCCUGUCGUCUGAAACUAAAUCUGCUUCACACAAUUUUUUUUAAAAAUGUUUUUUUUUUAUUAACCCGUAAAGUCCCAAACAUCCACUGGUGACCAAAUAAUUUACUGAUAUAAAAAGUUAAGUAAUUGUUGAUCCACUUGUCCUAUCAAGCACUUUGUGACUCCCUGUCUGUGGAAAGUGCUCUAUAAAUAUAAUUUACUUACUUACUUAGUAUCAGUACAUGUAAAUAAUUGGUGUAAAAUGCCGUUUGUCAACUUUUCAUGGUCAUCAGAUA